AUGGAUACAAAACGCCAUAAAGGCUCCAAGCAAUUCUCUGUAAUGAACAAACUCAAGAAGAGAGCUUUAAGGGUAAUUGCUGACCGUUCAUCUGCUGAGGAAGUGGCGGGAAUUAAGCAAGGAUUUGAUCUAAUGGAUACAAGCAAGCAAGGAAAGACAAACAUUGCUGAGUUGGAAGCAGGAUUACAGAAGGUUGGUCAACAGAUCCCUGAUGUAGCACUUCAUAUACUUAUGGAUGCUGGAGAUGUUGACAAAGAUGUGUACUUGAACUAUGAAGAAUUCGUUGUAAUUAGAGAUGAUCUGUUGUACUUUGACUUUUAA